CUAUGUAGAAUAUUAAGCCUAAUGGUUAGUCGUUUGAAACUAAUAUGUCUUGAUAAUAAUUCUCAUUGUCUUUGAUACGCGAGAAUAAAUCAUAAUUAUCUUACAUACUUUGUCGGGCAAAUAUCUAGGCAGAAACUGUUUUCUGUUAAUUGACUAUAAAUAAUGUAUAGUAUCAUUGCUGACAACAUACCUUUUUUAGAAAUGUCAUCGAAUCAAACGAUCAUGUACGAAAACAGUCAUCAGCUUAUUGUAAACCAAAGUACAAUUUUAUGAGAAAUUGUUCUUGUUUGUAGUUGGUGAAAUCGAUUUAUGUUUCUAUUCAACUGGUUAUAUUAAUCCAGUUAAUCUUUCGGUAAAUAAUUAAGUUUAUCAUGCUUCAUAAGACUUAUUGUGGUGGGAUCAAAAAACAGAGUAUAACAGCACUUAACUUUCAGAGAACAGCGUUUUUAACUCUAUCCCAUUGAUAUAAAAGUGAAAGCAGUAGUAGUAAAGUAUAGAUUACUUUUUUGUCUCUGUUAAGACCGAUGAACUAUUGGUUUUCGGAUUUGACGAUGUUACCUUACAUUACAUGUUUUUAUAUUCAUAUAAUCAUGAUCUUACGUGACUUUUGUUUACUUGUGAAUCUGUCGUUAAUUUCAUAUUCUGUUAUACAUUAUAGUUGACAAGAUGCCAGAUUUGAGCACCAAUAAGAGUUCAACGAAGACUUUGAUAUCUGCAAAAAAGAACCCUCUCAAAAGUACAGACAAGGUUAGCCACUCUUCAAGUUCCAGACAGCACGACAGAAAAUAUUCCCAUUCUAAGAUUACUCGAAGUCCACCUAGGCGACGUGCUAGACGAAGUCGUACGUCAACAUCCAGUUCCUCAGAUUCGAAUUCGUCAUCAUCUGAUUCUGACUCAAAUGACUCUUCGGCAUCGGACUCCUCAAAUUCAUCGAAGGGAUCCAAAAAAUCUAAUCUUGUCCCAGCUUCGGAUACAAAAAACCUUAGUGAACGUCCUCAUCCACCCGGUCAGUCAAGUUCUAUGCAUUCUAAAGUAAGCGAUAAAACACAACAGAUGUCUUAUAAAUCAUCGGAACCUGGUGAUUCAAAGAAAAAAGUAGUCAGUGCAUUAACGUCUAAGGAUGAACUGAGCAAACCUGAGGGUAACCCAAAAUCAAAUUCAACAGAUCACUUAUUAAAAGUUCCAGAUACUUCAGCUGUUACUGGGUCGACACUUUCGUCUUCAGUGCAGGAUUCUGACGAUAAGGUUGCAGAGACAUCGAAAAAUAAGAAUCGGGAUAAAACAUCACAUAAUAUUGUAUCAAAGCCAAACAAGGAGAACAAUGCAGAAAAACCUCUUCCUAAUAACAAUUCUGCAUCCGAUAGUCGGUUCACUCGUGUACUUAUUGAGAAGUUGACUAAAAAUAUAACAAAGGUUCAUAUUCAGGAAAUAUUCUCCGUUUGGGGAGAAAUCCAUUCAGUUGAUCUUCCACCUGAUCGUAUUCACCCGGAAUUUAACAGGGGGUAUGGUUAUGUUGAGUAUGUCGAUUCCAAGUCAGCCAGUGAUGCAGUUAAUUUCAUGAAUGGAGGACAAAUAGAUGGACAAGAAGUAAGAGUUUCUGAAGUUCAUUCUCGAACGGCACACCUAAGUGAUCAUGCAGGCCGUUCAGAUGAACGAACAGCUACAGAAAAAGAGGCCAUGAUUCAUCAAAGCAUGAUCGUGCAAGAACAUAAUCGUGUGAAAGAAGAUUCUGGUAAAAAACGUGCUUCUCACAAUCAUUUUCGAACUCAUGAUAGGCAAGAGCAUUCUCGAAUUCGAGAACGCAUUAGGGAUCGUGAACGUGAAAGAACACGUGGCAGUCGUCUAGAUAAUGAACUCAAAAGAAACCGACGAGGAAGCAGUGGCAGUCCAUUUGCAAGUCAUUCAACUAAUCGACCUCGUUCUCCUCUUACGGGAUCACGUUACCGCAGACCUAGUCCUCCAAGCUCUCGAACUGGCCCUAAACGACCUAGGUCCCAUAGUCCUAAAGCAAAAUUACAAUCAACUGCUGGUCGAGGUGAUAAAAAACCUGGAGAUGUUAACCGUCGUGAUAAGAAAGCAUCUUCCCGUUCAUCGUCUUCGUCUUCUUCCAACUCAGGAUCAUCUUCUUCCUCCUCAUCAAGUUCGAAUUCCGGUUCUAGUUCAUCCUCUAGUUCAAGUUCUUCUCGCUCACAUUCUUAA